AACCCUUGAAACAGUGAUUUAGUGUUUUUUUUUCCAGGAUAAAAAAACAAAGUGGUAGAAGGUUGCUGGCAAUGGCAUCAAAUUUGAGAUCAAAAACGGCAAUCGUUUCCAAAGCCCUAACGAGACCACUCCCUGGUGGGGCCUUCUAUGCCGUCUCCACCCAAUCCCUGUCGCCAAAGCAUUGGGUACCCUCUUAUUCCUUCUAUAUCUCCACCUCUUCUGAUACCGCUGCUGCUGCUGCUGCUGCUGCUGCUUCCUCUUCUUCCCAAUCUCUUCAUGAUAAAGAGAAAGGAUCAAAAUGGACAAGAUGGUUUCUUUUCCUUCCAGGGGCUAUCACUUUCGGCCUUGGAACUUGGCAGAUUUUCAGAAGGCAAGACAAGAUAAAGGUGUUGGAUUAUAGACAAAAAAGGUUGAAAAUGGAACCUUUGAAACUAAAUGGCAUGCCUCCUUCAAGUGAGAUAUUGGAAACUUUGGAGUUUAGGCGAGUUGUGUGCAAAGGAGUUUUUGACAAUGGAAGGUCAAUCUAUAUUGGGCCUCGUUCUAGAAGCAUUUCUGGAGUGACUGAAAAUGGCUACUAUGUCAUUACACCCCUAAUGCCAAUCCCUGGUGAUGCUGAGAGUGUUCAGUCCCCAGUUCUCGUAAAUAGAGGAUGGGUCCCACGCAGCUGGAGAGACAAAUCUUUUGAAGUUUCGCAAGACAGGGAGAAGUCCUCAAGUAUGGAUGCUAUUCCUGUCCAACAGAAUGAACAAAGCUGGUGGAGAAUGUUUCAGUCUAAGAAGCAAAAAACUGUUGAGGAUGAAGCCCCUGCUAUUACUUCUGUGGAAGUUACUGGAGUUGUCCGGGGGAGUGAGAAGCCAAGCAUAUUUGUUCCAGCGAAUGAUCCAAAUUCUGGACAGUGGUUCUACGUUGAUGUUCCUGCAAUUGCUGUUGCUUGUGGACUUCCUAAGGAUACUCUUUUAAUUGAAGACAUCAAUGAAAAUGUUAGUGCAAGCGACCCUUAUCCAGUUCCAAAGGAUGUCAAUUCCUUGAUUCGCAGUUCAGUUAUGCCUCAAGAUCAUCUAAAUUAUACAUUUACAUGGUAUUCUCUGUCUGCUGCAGUUACAUUUAUGGCUUUCAAGAGGCUUAGACCAAAAAAUGGUAGGAGAUAGCAAGCAUUACUCUAAGAGGUAUGAUUUAGGGGGACCUUGGCCAACCAAACAAGCAUUGAAUCUUUGAGAGACAUUGCUGCUUGCAGACCAGAAUGCCUUAUAAAACGGGUGGAGCAGUUGAGAAUGUAGCCAGAAAGUCUAUUCCAAUAGCACCACCUGCUUUUUGAUCAGUGGAAAGAAACAAAUCAGUUUUGCUACAUUCUGUUUUGCCUUUAAACAAAAAUA